AUGAAUACUCCCAGACGAUCGAAAAGAUUAGGCGAAAGCUCAAACAAGGAAAGUGAGACAACACCUCCAAAAAAUGCCAAGAAAAGCGAGCCAAAAACUCCCAGUAAAACAACUUUGAAUUCGCCCUCAAAAAAGAAACCAAUAUUAGCACCAGAAACACUUUUCGAUUUGCUUCCAAGUCGCUCUACCAAUCCAGCAUUGGUUAUACAACAAGCACCCCCAAGAAGCCACCCAAUCAAAGUAGCUGAAACACUUUUUGACUUGGUGCCGAGUCGAUCUAACGAUGCAACGAGAGAACUCAUUAAAACUCGAUCCAAAAGUUCAAAAAAGACGCCACAGAAGCAAGGUGUAUUGGUGGAGGUCAGGCAAAAACCUUGCCGACAACUCGACUUAGAUUAUAAUCAAGAAUCGCCUGGAGCUGCUAAAGAAAACAAGCGACCACAUCCGAACGAGAAUUUGGUUUUGAAAGCAUCCACCCAACCAGAUGAUGAGGAUGUGGAAAUGGAAGAAUGUUCUCGAGAUCAGUUCAAGGACGAAACGAAUGCCAUAAUGAAUGUUAAUUACGAACGAUAUUUCAAUCGUAAUCGAACUCCUGGAAUGAAUCGUGCACGUCGAACUCGAAAAAUGGGAACAAAAAUUGAAGAUACCGAUGAUGAUCAACAAGAAGAUAAAAAAGAGCUGGCUAGAAACGAGCUUCUCGAGAUGACCGAGCUUCGAAAUUUUAUGCAGAAAUGUGACCUUUCUGACGAUACUCUGCCGAAAGCGAUUGCAAAAGAAAAUGAAAAACUUGCAAAGGAGCAUUUUCCAAAAUGGCGAAAUCUUCUCCCUUUGGGAUUCAAUUUGCUUGUAUAUGGCUUGGGUUCAAAGAUUCGUGUUCUGAACGAUUUCCAGAAGCAAUUUUUUGCCGAAUUUGCCAGUUAUACGGUGGAUGGUUUUCUACAAGAUGUAUCAAUAAAAGGGGUUCUCAGUGCACUCGAUGAAGAUCUGAAACUAGAAUGCCCACCGAAGCGUGGCGCCAAAGAGCUCAAUGAGUGGGCGGCUCAAAUCGGAAAAGCGAUCGAAAAGCGUGGGAAUCAUUUUACUUUGAUCAUCCAUAAUAUCGAUGGAUUAAAUUUGAGGCAUCCAACCGAGAUCGAGGCUUUGGCAAGCUUGGCUUCGAACUCGCCAAAAUGUAUUCACAUAAUUGCCUCGGUCGAUCACAUCAAUGCACAAGCAAUUUUCAACAUGCGUACGUUGACCGAUUUGCGCUUUGUGUUUUGCCAUUUCCCAACAUUCCGCCUACCAACUAAAGAAAUUUUAGCUUCUGAAAGUUCGAUACUUGGAUUUAACUCAAAAUCGUCAAAGAUACAACACACUUUGUCGUCGUUGGAUGUUCUUUGGUCGUCAUUCCCGGAGAACUCUCGAAAAAUCUUUCGAUUGUUCUUUGCACUCUAUUUUCUCUCAAACAAGGCUAUUUCAUUCUGGGAUUUGUUCGAAGACGCCCGUGAUCGAUUUUAUGUGUCGACCGAUGUUGCUUUGCGACAACAAAUUGUCGAAUUUGAAGAUCAUCGAAUUGUGAGAGUUAGGCGAUCGGAAGACGGAACGGAGAAGUUGAGUUCGGCCGUCGAGCGCGAUUUGAUCGAGAAGUUUUUACAAGAAAAAGGAUACACUCUAGAAAUUGACGAUGAUGAG